UCAGGGCGGAGCAGGCGGAAGUAGGGUGAGAAGCGGCUACAACGCCGAGCGGAGGAGGUAGGAGCCGAAUUCCAGAAGCAGCUGGGUGGGCACCAUGGCCGGGAUCACCACCAUCGAGGCGGUGAAGCGCAAGAUCCAGGUUCUGCAGCAGCAGGCGGAUGAUGCCGAGGAGAGGACCGAGCGCCUCCAGCGGGAAGUGGAGGGAGAAAGGCGGGCCCGGGAGCAGGCCGAAGCUGAGGUGGCCUCCUUGAACCGUAGGAUCCAGCUGGUUGAAGAGGAGCUGGACCGUGCUCAGGAGCGCCUUGCCACUGCCCUGCAGAAGCUAGAGGAAGCAGAAAAAGCUGCUGAUGAGAGUGAAAGAGGAAUGAAGGUGAUUGAAAACCGAGCUCUAAAAGAUGAGGAAAAGAUGGAACUCCAGGAAAUCCAGCUAAAGGAAGCCAAGCACAUUGCAGAAGAGGCAGAUAGGAAGUAUGAAGAGGUGGCUCGUAAGUUGGUGAUUAUUGAAGGAGACUUGGAACGCACGGAGGAACGAGCCGAGCUGGCAGAGUCCCGUUGCCGAGAGAUGGAUGAGCAGAUCAGACUGAUGGACCAGAACCUGAAGUGUCUGAGUGCUGCUGAAGAAAAGUAUUCUCAAAAAGAAGACAAGUAUGAAGAGGAGAUAAAGAUUCUCACUGACAAACUCAAGGAGGCAGAGACUCGUGCCGAGUUUGCUGAAAGAUCGGUAGCCAAACUGGAAAAGACCAUCGAUGACUUGGAAGACGAGCUCUAUGCCCAGAAACUGAAGUACAAGGCCAUUAGCGACGAGCUGGACCACGCCCUCAAUGACAUGACCUCUAUAUAAGCUGAAGUGCACCAAAGAGGAGCACCUCUGUACACAAAGGAUGCUGGACCAGACCCUGCUGGACCUGAACGAGAUGUAGAGCACCCCCAGUCCCUGCCCCGCGGCCGCUCCUCCCUCUGACCCUGACUCCGCCUGAGGCCAGCCUGCCUGAAGCUGACCUUGAAACUGAGGGCUGAUCUUUUUAACUGAAGGCUGCUUUCCCCUCCUGCCACCCCCUCUACCCCCUCACGUCUUUUUCAUAAAACUGUGUCAGCCUCUUCCCAGAGUUUCCAGCUGGAGGGGCUGAGCACGUUUGGGAACAAUAUUUAAGGGAAUGUGAGCACAAUGCAGUGUCUUCAGCACACUUGUGAUAUGUACAUUGUGAUUACUUUCUGUCUUAGCAACCAUUUGUAACAUCCCAAGCACUUCCACAGCUUGGAGCAGCAACCCACUUCCUAGUCACUGCUGAAAGGUGACAUUUCAGCCUAAGGACACUGCUGUCUCCAUAGAGGAACACAGGACUGGGCCUGCCUCGCUGACAGCCAGCAGAGCCCAGGCAGGCUCCCCUGUGGGAAACCUCAGUUCUCCUCACCAAGUCCUAGCCAAACAACGGAUUCUAGGAAGUUAGCCAAAAACAAAAUACUCUGCCGGGCUGUGAAGGUUUUCAGCUUUGAUAUCUUUGAAUAACUUUAACCUUUUUUAUUUUUUUCUUUUUCCAUCAGAUGUGACCAAAUAAGACGGUGAGCCGUCUGAGACACCCCCACCUCCCAGGGCCAUGUGCAUGUUAGGCAAGCGUGUUACUGUGUGGCCCAGCCCGAGACCAAGCUUGUCUCAUUUCUACCCCAUUCCUAACUGCUCACACAGUGGACCAUGUUGCCCCUUAGCAUGGAGGUGACCACUUAUUGUCGCCCUCCCCACCCACCCCCACACCCCCUAGGAGAAAGGAAAGGAAAAUUAUGUUUGUGCCAUUGAUUUAGCCACAUGGAAGUCAUCUCAUCGCCCUUUCCUGAAGCUGCUGUCUCUAAAGUGCCAUCUCAUUGUGCUUUGUAUCAGCCAGUGCUGGAGAAAUCUUGAAUAGCUUAUGUAAAGAAAACUCUUUAAAUUUUAUAUUAUUUUGAAAUUUUGCUUUUGGGGCUUGGGUUAUCUUGGUCAACCCAGUGGCUGUGAGAAUUCUUUGCAGUCUGUGGGCUGGUGGUGUGCUGAUCUCUUGAGUGUCCACACCCAAUUUGCCAUGUCAGGCAGUCUCUUCGAGGCCUGUUAGGUGGACACGCUACAGCUUACUGGCUUAUUUGUACUCCCCUCUGUUGGGAGAAAGAACCCCAUAGUGCAACUGUUUUGAUACUGAAUAUCAAUAAGCGACAUUUUGAAAUAAAGAACCAGUCCCUCCACCCUCA